UUGGUUGAUGAACCUUUUAUGUUUUUGGUCGUCACAGUUCGCCACCUUAAYGCCAGCGCCCAGUAAACAUGGACGACAAAGACGUUUGCUCCUUCGUCAACAAGGAAAAGGAGAAGGACAGAGAGGCAGACAGGAGGCYGGGAUCCGCCCGGGACAAAGCCAAGGACGAGGCCAAAGCGAGCGGGAAGAAAGACGGCGGCAAGGAGGAGAAGAGGAAGCGCCUAGAGGAGGAGAGGAAGAAGAAGGAGGAGAAGGAGCGAAGGAAGAAGGAGGAGGAAAAGCAAAAAGUGGAGCAGGAGCAGAAGAAGAAGGAGGAGGAAGAGGAGGAGGAGAAAAGGAAUCAGGAGGAGCAGGAGAGGAAGCUGCAAGAGGAGGAGGCCAAACGGCAGCGUGAGGAGGAGGCGGCCCUCCUCAAAGAAAAGGAGGAGGGGCAUCAGCUGCACCAGGAAGCCUGGGAGCGYCAUCAGUCCAGAAAGGAGCUGCGCAGCAGGAACCAGAACGCCCACGAGAGUCGUCCCGAGGAGGCCUUCUUCAGCCGGCUGGACUCCAGCCUGAAGAAGAACACGGCCUUCGUGAAGAAGCUGCGCACGCUGACCGAGCAGCAGCGCGACGCGCUCUCCAAYGACUUCGCCUCCCUCAACCUCAGCAAGUACAUCGGCGAGGCCGUGAGCUCCGUGGUGGAGGCCAAGCUGAAGAUCUCGGACGUGGGCUGCGCCGUGCACCUGUGCUCCCUCUUCCACCAGCGCUACGGCGAGUUCGCCCCGCUGCUGCUGCAGGCCUGGAAGAGGCACUUCGAGGCCAGGAGGGAGGACAAGGCGCCCAACGUGAGCAAGCUGCGCACCGACCUGCGCUUCAUCGCCGAGCUCACCAUCGUGGGCCUCUUCACCGACAAGGAGGGGCUGUCGCUGAUCUACGAGCAGCUGAAGAGCAUCAUCGGCGCGGACCGGGAGACGCACACGCACGUGUCGGUGGUCAUCAGCUUCUGCAAGCACUGCGGCGACGACAUCGCCGGCCUCGUGCCCCGCAGGGUGAAGCUGGCGGCCGAGAAGUUCUGCCUGACCUUCCCUCCGAGCGAGAUCAUCAGCGGCGAGAAGCAGCAGCCCUUCCAGAACCUGCUGAGGGAGUACUUCACCUCCCUGACCAAACACCUGAAGAAGGACCACCGCGAGCUGCAGAACAUCGAGAGGCAGAACCGGAGGAUCCUACAUUCCAAAGGCGAGCUGAGCGAGGACAGACACAAGCAGUAUGAAGAGUUCGCCACGUCGUACCAGAAGCUGCUGGCCAACACGCAGACGCUGGCCGACCUGCUGGAUGAGAACAUGCCGGAGCUGCCGCAGGAUAAGACCGUGCAGGAAGAGCACGGCCCCGGCAUCGACAUCUUCACYCCCGGAAAACCCGGCGACUACGAGCUGGAGGGGGGCAUCUGGGAGGACGAGGACGCUCGCAACUUCUACGAGAACCUGGUGGACCUGAAGGCCUUCAUUCCCGCCAUCCUCUUCAAGGACAACGAGAAGAGCGGCCAGAGCAAAGACAAGGACGAGGCCAAAGACGGCAGGGAUGGAAAGCAUGCUGCGAGCGCCACAGAGGAGCUGGAGCUGGAGCUGGAAGCUCUGGACAUCACAGACGAGCCUCUGGAGCUGGAAGGAGGAGACGAGGUGGAGAGUGAAGAGCUGGCCAAGAAGCUGCUGGAUGAACAAG